GGAAAAUUUUCCUCCUGCUCACUCAGAUCUCAGCCCAGUACUCACAGCCCUACCCCUCUGUCCUCAGUACUGCUCUGCUCCCGUCCCAGCUGUUAGACACAAUGAUGGACCUGAGGACUUUGUUUUUCACCAUUAUUCUGGUGCCGUGGAUGCUCUCUUCUGCAGCAAGAAAUGGAUACAUGGAAGCAAGGAAACCUAAGAAAGAGGCUGUGACCAUCCCAGACUAUGACACCGCUGGAGACUCAGAUACAAGCCCAGCAGCAGCUCCUAAAGAUGAGGGUGAGCUGCCCACGUGCCUGCUGUGUGUGUGUCUGACUGGGUCGGUAUACUGUGAGGAGGUCUCCCCCGAGAUGACAGCAGUUCCAUCCCUGCCCAAGGAAACUGCCUAUCUCUACGCACGCUACAACAAAAUCACAAAAAUCACCAACAAAGACUUUGCAGACAUUGCAACUUUGAGAAGAAUCGAUCUGACUGGGAACCUCAUCUCUGAGAUAGAAGACGGAGCUUUCUCAAAGCUUGCUCUCCUUGAAGAGCUCAAUCUCUCAGAGAACAAGCUGGCCAAACUACCCAUGUUACCUGCCAAACUCAUAUCCUUCAAUGCCAAUUACAACCAGCUUAAAACCAAGGGUGUAAAGUCAACUGCUUUUAAGAAACUCACCAAGAUGGUGUACCUCUACCUUGGCAAUAACGAGCUUGAGGCGAUCCCACAACUUCCAGAGAGUCUGCACAUUGUGCACCUAUAUAACAAUAAGAUCACCACGCUAUCGGAUGAGACCUUCUGCCAAGGCAACAACACUCAGUACAUCAGAGCCAACAUGGAGGAGGUGAGACUGGACGGCAACCCUCUGAUGCUGGCCAAGCAUCCCAACAGCUUUGUUUGCCUCAGGGCCCUGCCCAUUGGACCGUACCACUGAACCAGUGGGAUACAGUCUAGAGAGGACCACAAUACUACAGUGAGGGGUUCCCUUGUGAAAAGGGCUAACUAAUGUAAUACACAAGUCAAUAGAUCAUAGCGCAGGAGUGGCAUGUAAUAUGAGAAGUGUGUACCGGUAUGUUACGAUAUAUAGAGCAGAGCCAUGUAAUAUGAGAAAUGUGUUUGUUUUGUAAGUUACAAUUGAAUGAGUCUCUUAGGUUGUCUUUCCAACCAUGAUUGGUUAAAUUGGUGUCCUCUUAAGUAGUGCAGGAGUGAACAUAGGAGUUCUCUUACACGACAUAACUAUAUGCACAAUACUCUUGAGACCAUUUUUCCUCAAUGUUUAUGUUGUUUUAUAUUUCCAAUAGCACAUCUGGAUAUUGCAUCAGUUGCAUUCAUCUACUUUUCAAGUAAUAAUGGCUAAUAAAUGUACAUAAAGUCUAACUACAAUUUGCAAACAUUUGAAACUGUUAACAUAUAUUUUAAAUGACAUGUAACUUCCCGUAAAAGUUUACAUUCAUUUAUCAGAAUAAAAACAAUACAAAAUUAUUCAAACGACACUGCGAUGUCUCCACUGAGUAAUGUCACUUUUAUUAGACGAAUACCACGUUGUCAUGUUUGGCUCAUAAAAAUGUUUCAUCCCAUCUCAGUAUAAUGAAGAGUACAUAAAUAAACAAACAAUGUUUUAUUUUCUCCAUACAUUAAAUAUCAGUCUUUUGAACCAUC